UAUAGAUCGUGUUCGUCUUUACAUAUAAAUUAUCUUAUAAAUUGUUUCUUUAUCUUUAAAAUUGUAGACUCGAAUAUCAUGAAACGUCGUAUUACUCAAAUUGCCGGUUUAAUUUUCACAAAUGUCGCGUGUACUCUAUAUCUUAGAAUAAAGAUUACACAUUAUGACAUGAGACUUUUUUCAUUAUUCUAUUAAUUUUUAUUUUUACUUAUUUUUUUUUAACUUAUCAAAUAUCACUUUUCCUUAUCAAUUGUUUGUUUUAUUACUUUUAUACAUACGCUUAUUUUUAAAUCUUUAAAUUAUAAUUUUCCACGUAAUAAUUAAACAAUUAAACCAUAAAAUAAUUUCAGGAAUUAUUUAAAUAAAUUUCAUUUUACAAAAAUGAAAUUAUUUAUAAUAAAUUUUUUUUUUCUGUGCCUUUUAUUUUUUGGAAAUUCGCAUGAAAUCGAUGAUACGAUUGAAUUAUUUAUAAUCGAUAUGAUCAAAUCGAUUCCGCCGACGACCGUCACAGCUUUUUUUUGUUCAAACUCAGAUAUAAUUAAAUUUUCACGACAGCUUUCAAAAAAUAAUAUAAUACAUGACAUCAAAAAUUUAUAUACUUACGAUUAUAAUUUUGAAAUAAAUCAACAAUUAAAAAUAUCACAUCAAAAUUUUUAUAUUCUGGAUCUCGAUUGUCCAGAUGCGACUGAGUUACUUUUUAAGGCAGAAGAAAGUGAAAUGUUUUUCGCACCGACCAAGUGGUUAAUACUACAAGACAUAAGAUCCGAUAAUAAUUACAAUUCAUCAAAAAAUUACAAUGAUCAAGAAAAUAAACUGAAGGAUAAAUUCAAAAAUUUUCGAAUUUUUCCCGACAGUGAAUUAUUUAUUUCCCAGAGAUUUGAUGACAAUAAUAUUAAAAUAUUGUCCAUCUACAGACCUAGUUUUUACGUCGAUUUAAUUAUCGAAGAACGAGCUAGUUGGGAUAUUAAUAACGGUAUCAAUUUUGUCGAUUCAAUUCCUACAUCACGUCGGAGAAGAAAUCUUCAGUUAACGCCUUUGAAAACAUGUCUUGUGUUAACAAAUCCUGAUACAUUAAAUCAUCUGACGGAUUAUAAAGACAAGAGAGUUGACGCUGUUACAAAAGCUAAUUACAUUUGGAUGAUGCAUCUCGUUAAUCAAAUUAAUGCGACAGUGACAUAUACUUGGCGCGAUACUUGGGGUUAUCCAGAUAAAAAUGGAACUUGGAGUGGAAUGAUUGGAUUAUUGGAUCGCGGAGAAAUUGAUUUUGGCGGGACAGCGACGUUUCUUAUAAAACAAAGAAUUGGAGUGAUUGAAUAUUUACAAUUAUACACACCCGUUGGAUCGAAAUUCGUAUUUCGCAAGCCUCCGCUAUCUUACGUGAGUAAUUUAUUCACUCUGCCAUUCGGACGCACUGUUUGGUACGCCAUUGCUGUGAUGUCAUGUAUUGUUUCCGGAUUUUUAUACAUAACCAUGAAAUGGGAAUGGAAAGAAAUUGAAAAAUCACCGGGAAAACAAGACGAAUUGAAAAAUAAUCCAACUGUAAGCGAUAAUUUCCUGGUUAUCCUCAGUGCAAUUUCCCAACAAGGAAUAUCUUAUGAACCUCGAACUAUUUCAUCACGAAUAGUAACAUUUAUGUUACUAAUAGCCGCUUUGAGUCUUUACGCAUCAUAUACAGCAAAUAUUGUAGCGCUUUUACAAUCAACAUCAUCAUCGAUAAAUACUCUAAAGGAUCUUAUGAAUAGUGGUUUGAAAUUAGGAAUUUAUGAUAUUGUUUAUAGCCGAUAUUACUUUGGGGUAUUGGAUGAUCCAAUACGUAGAGAAUUUCGGGAUCGUUUUAUAACAAAUAAGACAUCAAUCUGGAUAACAAUCGAAGAUGGAAUUGAAAAAAUACGUAAAGGAUUAUUUGCAUUUCAUGUUGACACUGCAGCUGGGUAUCAAUUAAUGCAAGAAACGUAUGAAGAAGAUGAAAAAUGUGGAUUACAAGAAAUUGAUUACAUGGGUGUACUGGAUCCGAUGCUCGUUAUAAAGAGGAAAUCUCCUUAUCGUGAAAUAUUUAGGGUUGGAUCACUUUGGUUACGUGAAACAGGACUACAGCAACGCGACACUCCAAGAUUGUUUACUAAAAAACCAGUUUGUGUAGGUCAUACUAGUUUCAUAAGUGUCGGAACAACUGAAUGUUAUGCUGCUUUUUACACGAUUAUUUAUGGAGCCGCUAUAGCAUUUGGAUUUUUUUUUCUUGAAAUUAUUUUACAUAAAUGUUUCGGAAACAAAAUGACCGACGAUGAAGAAUCAACUGAAUGUGAAGCUGAUGAUAUAGAAAUUAAUUCUACAAAAAUAUCUAGACAAUCAUCAGAGUCAUGGGAAGCUACUCUAUAUUUAAAUAAAUUUCAUUUUUCAAAAAUGAAAUUAUUUAUAAUAAAUUUUUUUUUUCUGUGCCUUUUAUUUUUUGGAAAUUCGCAUGAAAUCGAUGAUACGAUUGAAUUAUUUAUAAUCGAUAUGAUCAAAUCGAUUCCGCCGACGACCGUCGCAGCUUUUUUUUGUUCAAACUCAGGUAUAAUUAAAUUUUCACGACAGCUUUCAAAAAAUAAUAUAAUGCAUGACAUCAAAAAUUUAUAUACUUACGAUUAUAAUUUUGAAAUAAAUCAGCAAUUAAAAAUAUCACAUCAAAAUUUGUAUAUUCUGGAUCUCGAUUGUCCAGAUGCAACUGAGUUACUUUCUAAGGCAGAAGAAAGUGAAAUGUUUUUCGCCCCAACCAAGUGGUUAAUACUACAAGACAUAAGAUACGAUAAUAAUGACAAUUCAUCAAAAAAUUACAAUGACCAAGAAAAUAAAUUGAAGGAUAAAUUCAAAGAUUUUCGAAUUUUUCCCGACAGUGAAUUAUUUAUUUCCCAGAGAUUUGAUGACAAUAACAUUAAAAUAUUGUCCAUCUACAGACCUAGUUUUUACGUCGAUUUAAUUAUCGAAGAACGAGCUAGUUGGGAUAUUAAUAACGGUAUUAAUUUCGUCGAUUCAAUUCCUACAUCACGUCGGAGAAGAAAUCUUCAGUUAACGCCUUUGAAAACAUGUCUUGUGUUAACAAAUCCUGAUACAUUAAAUCAUCUGACGGAUAAUGAAGACAAGAAAACUGAUGCUGUUCCAAAAGCUAAUUACAUUUGGAUGAUGCAUCUCGUUAAUCAAAUUAAUGCGACAGUAACAUAUACUUGGCGUGAUACUUGGGGUUAUCCAGAUAAAAAUGGAACUUGGAGUGGAAUGAUUGGAUUAUUAGAUCGAGGAGAAAUUGAUUUUGGCGGGACAGCGACGUUUCUUGUAAAACAAAGAAUUGGUGUGAUUGAUUAUUUACAAUUAUACACACCCACUGGAUUAAAAUUCAUAUUUCGCAAACCUCCGCUAUCUUAUGUGAGUAAUUUAUUCACUCUGCCAUUCGGACGCACUGUUUGGUACGCCAUUGCUGUGAUGUCAUGUAUUGUUUCCGGAUUUUUAUACAUAACCAUGAAAUGGGAAUGGAAAGAAAUUGAAAAAUUACCGGGAAAACCAGACGAAUUGAAAAGUAACCCAACUGUAAGCGAUAAUUUGCUGGUUCUCCUCAGUGCAGUUUCCCAACAAGGAGUAUCUUAUGAACCUCGAACUAUUUCAUCACGAAUAGUAACACUUAUGUUACUAAUCGCCGCUAUGAGUCUUUACGCAUCAUAUACAGCAAAUAUUGUAGCGCUUUUACAAUCAACAUCAUCAUCAAUAAAUACUCUGAAGGAUCUUAUGAAUAGUGGUUUGAAAUUCGGGAUUUAUGAUAUGGUUUAUAACCGACAUUACUUUACGGCAUUGGAUGAUCCAAUACGCAGAGAAUUUCGGGAACGUUUUGUAACAAAUAAGACAUCAAUCUGGAUGACAAUGGCAGAUGGAAUUGAAAAAGUACGUAAAGGAUUAUUUGCAUUUCACGUUGAAAUCGGUGCUGGAUAUCAAUUAAUUCAGGAAACGUUUGAAGAAGAUGAAAAAUGUGGAUUACAAGAAAUUGAUUACAUAGGCGUACUGGAUCCGAUGCUUGUUAUCAAAAGAAAAUCUCCUUAUCGUGAAAUAUUUAGGGUUGGAUCACUUUGGUUACGUGAAUCAGGACUACAGCAACGCGACACUCCAAGAUUGUUUACUAGAAAACCAGUUUGUGUAGGUCAUACUAGUUUUGUAAGUGUCGGAACAACUGAAUGUUAUGCUGCUUUUUACACGAUUAUUUAUGGAGCCGCUAUAGCAUUUGGAUUUUUUUUUCUUGAAAUUAUUUUACAUAAAUGUUUCGGAAACAAAAUGGCCGACGAUGAAGAAUCAACUGAAUGUGAAGCUGAUGAUAUAGAAAUUAAUACUACAAAAAUAUCUAGACAAUCAUCAGAGUCAUUGGAAACUACUCUAGAAUAAUAUUUUUAAAAAUCAAUCAUUUAUU